AUGAAGUUCUCUACUCUCAUCGCUGCGUCUUCCGCAGCUGCACCCGCCUUUGCACUCCCCCAGUUCCUCCCCGGCCUUGGUGGCGGCUCUCUUACCGGCGGAAGUGACCUCAGUGGUGGCAGCAACACCAAUGGCAACUGGACUCCUCAGGAGUGGAUUGCCCCGGGCUCAACUGAUUCUCGUGGUCCCUGUCCCGGCCUUAACACACUAGCCAACCACGGCUACCUUCCCCGCGAUGGUAGGAACAUUGACCUCAAGAAACUCGCUGAUGGUAUGCUUAACGGCUUCAACAUCGAGAAGGGCGAUGCGGUCCUUCUGUUUACACAAGCUAUCAGGACUAGCCCCAAGUACCCCGCGGCUCGUUCCUUUGAUCUUGAAGACCUCGGUCGUCACGGCAUCCUCGAACAUGACAUCUCGAUCAGUCGCUCUGAUGCUUACUUCGCCGAUCCCAACCCCUUCAACCAGACAGUCUGGGAGGAGACUCUCACCUACUUCCCCGACGAGAUGAUCACCGUCGAGCAAGUUGCCAAGGCCCGAAUGGGUCGUCUGGAGACUUCCAAGAAGACCAACCCUGAGCACUCGCUGUCUGCACUGGCUAGCGGUUUCUCUUGGGGCGAGAUGGCUUCCUUUUUCGAGAUCAUGGCUGAUGGAACUACCGGCACGGUAAAGAAGGACUACAUUGAGUACUGGUUCAAGAACGAACGCAUGCCUACUGAGAUCGGAUGGCAGCGACGUACCGUGACCAUGCGCGGUAGCGAGCGUAUGGCGUUCAGCCGUAAGCUGAUGGAGGCUGCUGGUGUUAGCCGUCGCGACCUGUCCAGUGAUGAGUACGGCCGUCCAAUCCAUCAGUAA